AUAUCUCCUACCCCUUAUAAGCUUACCUUAUAUCCGACAUCUUUUUGAUUGUUUUCAGCAUCUUUUGGCCAAUUUCGAUCGAUUUCCAAUCCCGAAUCCAGAAGAUCACCCCCCCUUGAAACAUAAAAGACCCCUCCCUGCCCUGCAUUUUGACUUAAUUUAUCCAGAGUAAAGAUGGUUCGCGCUUCGAUUCUUUCUAUCAUCGCCCUCUCGGCCGCGACCAACCCCGAGGUUGUUGACACCACCUCUGCUCCGGCCACUACUCCCACGGCCACUGCUGUCAGCGCCACUACUGCUAUUGUCACUGAGACCGCCUCCUCGGAGAUCUGCACCGCCACCAAGACUGUCGACAACACCUCGACUGCUGUCACCGUCACUGAGACCAAGGACGUGGCCGGCGCCACCUCGACCACCACGGUUGUCACCACCGAGACCGGCACCAUCACUCAGGGUGCGCAGUGCGUCACCAAGACCACCAACGUCAACGCCAUCACGGAGGCCACCGUCACCAGCACUCAGAUCGUCGCUACCGAGAACUGCGAGGGCACUGGCAACACCGUCACCCAGACCCAGUACGUCAAGGAGACUGCUGCCGGAAACACCGUCACCGUUACUGCCCCGGCUGGUGCUGCCGAGACUGUUGUUACCGUCACCAACCAGGCCACCCAGACUGUUGUUGACACCGAGACUGUCUACCAGACCACUGUUGUCCGCACUGUCACCGCCCCCGAGACUGUCGUCGCCACUGAGAUCUGCGAGGACGAGACCACCGUCACCGUGCCCAACACCGGUGCCACCGUCACCACCGCGUACUCGACCACCACUGUGACCGUUCCCCAGGUCAUCGGUGAGACCCAGUGGCUGCCGGCUCCGGCUACCGUUAACCAGGUCCACGAGGCCACCGUUACCGAGAAUGUCGACUCGGUCAACACCACCACCGACACCACUGGUGCUCCUGUUACCGAGACCCAGGUUACUGUCUACGCCACCCAGACCGUGACUGAGACCACCACCAACGUUGCUACUGUCAAGAAUACCAUCACCGAGACUGUCUGCGAGGUUCCGACCCCCUCGACUGUUGAGUCGUCGUCGGAGACCACCCCUGCCACCACUCCGGCUGAGGAGACCACCCCGUGCACCCCGACCACCGUCACCGAGACCAUCGAGACCACCCCGUGCGACGACUGCGAGCCGACCACUAUCACCACCGUCCCGUCGUCUGUUGAGUCCACCUCGGAGACCACCACCCCGUGCGAACCCACCACCGUCACCGAGACUGUUUGCGAGCCGACUACCGUCACCACUGUCGAGACUACGACCCCGUGCACCCCGACCACCGUCACUGAGACCAUCGAGACCACCCCGUGCGACGACUGCGAGCCGACCACCAUCACUACCGUCCCGUCGUCUGUUGAGUCCACCUCGGAGACCACCACCCCGUGCGAACCCACCACCGUCACCGAGACCAUCGAGACCACCCCGUGCGACGACUGCGAGCCCACCACCAUCACUACCGUCUACACCGUGACUCCGACCACCGAGGUCCCGUCGUCUGUUGAGUCCACCUCGGAGACCACCACCCCGUGCGAGCCUACUACCGUCACUGAGACCAUCGAGACCACCCCGUGCGAUGAGUGCGAGCCGACCACUAUCACCACUGUCUACACCGUAACCCCAACCACUGAGGUCGAGACUACGACCCCGUGCACCCCGACCACCGUCACUGAGACCAUCGAGACCACCCCGUGCGACGACUGCGAGCCCACCACCAUCACUACCGUCUACACCGUGACUCCGACCACUGAGGUCCCGUCGUCUGUUGAGUCCACCUCGGAGACCACCACCCCGUGCGAACCCACCACCGUCACCGAGACUGUUGUCACGACCCCGUGUGACGAGUGCGAGCCGACUACCGUCACCACUGUCUACACCGUAACCCCAACCACUGAGGUCGAGACUACGACCCCGUGCACCCCGACCACCGUCACUGAGACCAUCGAGACCACCCCGUGCGACGACUGCGAGCCGACCACCAUCACUACCGUCUACACCGUGACCCCGACCACUGAGGUCCCGUCGUCUGUUGAGUCCACCUCGGAGACCACCACCCCGUGCGAACCCACCACCGUCACCGAGACCAUCGAGACCACCCCGUGCGACGACUGCGAGCCCACCACCAUCACUACCGUCUACACCGUGACUCCGACCACCGAGGUCCCGUCGUCUGUUGAGUCCACCUCGGAGACCACCACCCCGUGCGAGCCUACUACCGUCACUGAGACCAUCGAGACCACCCCGUGCGAUGAGUGCGAGCCGACCACUAUCACCACUGUCUACACCGUAACCCCAACCACUGAGGUCGAGACUACGACCCCGUGCACCCCGACCACCGUCACUGAGACCAUCGAGACCACCCCGUGCGACGACUGCGAGCCCACCACCAUCACUACCGUCUACACCGUGACUCCGACCACUGAGGUCCCGUCGUCUGUUGAGUCCACCUCGGAGACCACCACCCCGUGCGAACCCACCACCGUCACCGAGACCAUCGAGACCACCCCGUGCGACAACUGCGAGCCCACCACCAUCACUACCGUCUACACCGUGACUCCGACCACCGAGGUCCCGUCGUCGGUCGAGUCCACCUCGGAGACCACCACCCCGUGCGAGCCUACUACCGAGCCUUCGUCAGAGGACUCGACUACCCCGUGCGAGCCUACUACCGUUACUGAGACCAUCACCACUACUCCGUGCGAUGAGUGUGAGCCGACCACCAUCACGACCACUUACACUGAGCCUUCGUCGGAGGACUCGACUACCCCGUGCGAGCCUACUACCGUUACUGAGACCAUCACCACUACUCCGUGCGAUGAGUGCGAACCGACCACCAUCACGACCACCUACACCGUGACCCCGACCGAGUCUGAGUCCGCUGAGGAGUCGUCGGAUGCCUCUGUCGAGUCUGAGUCUGCUGAGGAGUCGUCGGAUGCUUCUGUCGAGUCUGAGUCCGCUGAGGAGUCGUCGGAUGCCUCUGUCGAGUCUGAGUCUGCUGAGGAGUCGUCGGAUGCCUCUGUCGAGUCUGAGUCCGCUGAGGAGUCGUCGGAUGCUUCUGUCGAGUCUGAGUCUGCUGAGGAGUCGUCGGAUGCUUCUGUCGAGUCUGAGUCCGCUGAGGAGUCGUCGGAUGCCUCUGUCGAGUCUGAGACCUCUGAUGCUACCUCUGAGGAGGAGACUACCGAGGCCACCUCUGAGGAGGAGACCACCGAGGCCACUUCUGAGGAGGAGACCACCGAGGCCACUUCUGAGGAGGAGACCACUGAGGCCACCUCUGAGGAGGAGACCACCGAGGCCACCUCUGAGGAGGAGACCACCGAGGCCACUUCUGAGGAGGAGACCACUGAGGCCACCUCUGAGGAGGAGACCACUGAGGCCACCUCUGAGGAGGAGACCACUGAGGCCACCUCUGAGGAGGAGACCACCGAGGCCACCUCUGAGGAGGAGACCACCGAGGCUACC